GAGUUUGCAGGUUACUUGCAACUACAGAAGAACUGUGAUUGUGAUGUUUUAUGCUUGAAAGAUGGCAAUGAACGACAGCAUUAGUAUCUUGAACUCUGCGUAUCUGGCAGUGGAAUAUAUAGACUCUUUCUUGCCUGACAAUCCCCUGCAGCAACCGUUUAAAAAUGCCUGGAAUUACAUGCUGGAGAACUACACAAAGUUCCAGAUUGCAACUUGGGGAUCACUUCUAGUUCAUGAAGUUGCAUACUUUUUGUUCUGCUUACCUGGAUUUAUCUUUCAGUUCAUACCGUACAUGCAGAAGUACAAGAUUCAGCAGGAUAAACCAGAAACAUGGGAAAAACAGUGGAAGUGUUUCAAGAAACUCCUCUUCAGCCACUUCUGCAUUCAGCUUCCUAUGAUUUGUGGCAUCUAUUCCUACACAGAAUAUUUUGACAUCUCAUAUGAGUGGGAAGAAAUGCCUAGAUGGUAUGUGCUGCUUGCCCAGUGUUUCGGAUGUGCAGUGAUUGAGGAUGCCUGGCAUUAUUUCCUGCAUAGAUUGCUGCAUCACAAGAGAAUAUACAAGUAUAUCCAUAAGGUUCACCAUGAGUUUGUUUCUCCAUUUGGAAUGCAAGCAGAAUAUGCUCAUCCUCUGGAAACAAUUAUCCUUGGAACUGGCUUUUUUAUUGGAAUUGCUGUUUUCUGUAACCAUGUGAUUCUUCUGUGGGCAUGGGUGGUAUGUCGCUUGAUUGAGACCAUUGAUGUACACAGUGGCUAUGAUGUUCCACUGAACCCUCUUCAUUUGGUGCCUUUCUAUGCUGGUGCCCGUUUCCAUGAUUUCCAUCACAUGAACUUUAUUGGCAACUACGCUUCAACCUUCACGUGGUGGGACAGACUCUUUGGUACAGACUCUCAAUUCACUGCCUAUCAAGAAAAAGAUAAGAAGCAAGAAUUCUUAAAAAAGAAGAAGGCUAACUAAAUUUCCAGUGUAAAAGUCAACUUUUGCUUUUCUGUAAAGCAAAAUAAUGAUUGGGUGUUUAGCUUAAAUCAUGUUCCUUGGCUACUAAGGGAUAGGGAAAAAUGGCUAAUUAAACUGCAGUAUCUUUCUAAUGGGAAUGUCUUCUAUUUUAUACAUAAGUACUGCAUAUAUUUUAACUACAGAUUUAAAGAUGAUGCAAAAAAACUGAGAUGAUGACUUGUGUCUAUCUUGGAGGUUUUUUCGGACCAAAAAAGAAAUCACUUUUAUCUCUAAUGUUGCCCACUUUGGAUCCACGUAGAAUUGUAUAGGUAUACUGAAGUUGCUCUUAUUUUUGUUAAAUAUAUAUUCUUAAAUUUGUAAUAUCAAAUAGCAGAAGAUAUGAAGUAGUAUCAGCACUGUAUUAUUUAAAUAUUGAGUAAAAUUGCUUAAAACAAAAACAUCUGUUACUAGGAAGCUUGGACAGGUCUUUGCACACUGGAUAAUGUGAGCUGCUAAUAACAGAGUAUCUGGCUAAACAUGAGCUAGCAGAGACAUUCCUGACCUAGAUUUAUUAUGUUACUUCAGAAUGCAGGUUAAAAGAAUAGAAAUUUUUAUUUGAAGAAACUGGUUCUUUGCUGCUCUUUUGAAGUUGGUCUGUCAGUGUAAUUAGCAUUUACAUUACAUUCUUCUCUAUGUGUUGUAAUUUGCUGAACUGACUUGUUGCUAUAUUUGCACUUGUGACUGAUGAAAUAAAUGUGGUUUGGUUUGAUGUGUGUGUUAUACUUUUCAUAUGUUUUGAAAUACAUGUGAUAAAAGCACAUAGGAUACAGCAUCUUACUCUUCAUUUCUUUAAUGAAGAAGCAUUAUUUGUUA